CGUUGUUUACCUUCGCAACAAAUAGCACGCCGAUUAAAUAGCGAAAUUACGUGAUAAGUUUGCUUGAAAGCUGAAUUAAAUCGCUGUCACUAUGGAAGCCAAGCCAGCGGUGACGCCACAGCCACGUCCCCGUACCAUGGCAGAGCCGCUGCACAUCCAGCGCUUGGAAGCGGCGCUCAAUAUGCGUCCCUUCAUGGACAUGGCCAAGAGAGCAUUGCGGAAACCGCUGAGUAGCACCGAGGAAAGUGACGAGGACCAGACGGUCAAGAAAGAACAGGAUACACUGGACUCCGAUGACUCCUCUACCGUUGGUGUCGUCCGGAUGAAACAUUCCAAAAGGCGAAAAAAUCGUCUGUUGGGCAGCAAGGAGGAACGUCAAAGCGUUAAGGCUCAGCUUUAUAAUUUUAACGAUCUGACCAGCGAUCGGGAGUGGCUGUACGAUCUCCUCCUCAGCGACACGGAAAGCGAUGACCCCACCAUCACCGAGGAUGAGUAUGUACAGCAGAUGCUGAGAGAGCACGUCCGCGAACAGCGUCAGCGAAAGAACUACUACAAAAAGGCCACAAACGCCCAAUAUGCAUACUAUGGCAGUGGCUUGCUGUCCAACCACGACAUCUUUGCCGAGCGUCAGCAGGCUACUGCAGGAGUGCGUAAAAGGCGUCGCCGGACAAAGCAAGAGAUCCUCAUGGCCCGUUUGGCCGAAGCACAAGCUGGACCAAAGCCACCCAAACAACGAAGGAGGGGUCGCAAGAAGCGAGAUAUCACAGGAUCACCAGAAUCUGGUGAAGUACCACCGUCGGAGCUGGGCAAAUACUCCUUCGGUGACACACUGCCAACAAACGAUGACGAAGACGAAGAUGGUGGCGAGGUGGAUUAUAAAAGAGAGCUGGCCAGUUUGGCUCUGGACUAUCCGGAAGAAGAAGAGAUCGAGGAGGAGGUGGACGUCGUGGGCGGCACAGAGGGUCAAGUGACAAAAGUCCGACGAAAGCGAAAGAACCCAGCAGCCUUGGCCGCUCGUCGUCGUCGCAUCUGGCAAAUUAUGUCUAAGAAAGAAUCCGGCAGACUGCAACGCAUCAAGAGUACCAAUCACAAGGAUAUGCUAGCCAAUUGCAAGCGGGUGGCUGGCAUGUGUGCUAAGGUGGUGCGCCAGCGAGCCAUAAACUCCCAAAGAACCAUGAAGGAGACGGUGUGGCGUGCCAAGCGACUGACGAGGGAAAUGCUCACCUACUGGAAGCGCUAUGAGCGCGUGGAGCGGGACCAGCGGCGCAAACUAGAGCGUGAAGCGGAGGAGCAGAGGAAACAGGACGUGGAACUCAUUGAAGUAAAGCGACAACAGCGUAAGCUAAAUUUCCUGAUCACUCAAACCGAACUGUAUGCCCACUUCAUGUCCAAGAAGCUCGGUCAGGGCAGCGAAGAGGAUCAACUACGCAUUCUCAGCCAACUGGAUGAGGAGACUAAUGCUAAAUUAUCGGUUCAAGAUGACUACGAUGCCGGGGAGAUGAAGCAGCUCGCUCAGAUAAGCGCCGAGGCAGCUAUGCAAAGAGAUCUAGAUAAAACUAAGGCAUUCGACGUAUUCAUAAAGAAAAAAGAAGAAGAGGAGAAGGAAAAAGAACUGGAAGAGGAGGAGGAGGAUAAAAAACCAGAGCCACGACCUGAAAUGAAAGACCUCCCUCAACCGAAGAUGUUCAAGGGAACCCUUAAGGGUUACCAAAUCAAGGGCAUGACAUGGCUGGCUAACAUCUACGAUCAGGGAAUCAGUGGUAUUCUGGCAGACGAAAUGGGUUUAGGCAAGACUGUGCAAUCGAUAGCUUUCCUUUGCCACGUCGCCGAGCACUACGGAGUUUGGGGACCCUUUUUGGUAAUCUCACCAGCAUCCACUCUGCAUAAUUGGCAGCAGGAAAUGUCCAGAUUCGUGCCCGACUUUAAAGUUGUGCCAUAUUGGGGUUCACCUGGAGAACGGAAGAUUCUUCGGCAAUUUUGGGACCAAAAGCACCUGCACACUCGGGAUGCCAGCUUUCAUGUGGUAAUCACCUCCUAUCAGCUGGUGGUCAGCGACUACAAGUAUUUCAACCGGAUCAAGUGGCAGUACAUGGUCUUAGAUGAGGCGCAGGCCAUCAAAAGCGCUGCCUCACAACGGUGGAAGCUACUUCUAGGCUUCAGCUGUCGGAAUCGAUUGCUUCUUAGUGGCACUCCCAUCCAGAACAGCAUGGCAGAGCUUUGGGCACUGUUGCAUUUCAUCAUGCCGACGUUGUUUGACUCCCAUGAUGAGUUCAACGAGUGGUUCUCCAAGGACAUUGAAUCGCAUGCUGAAAAUAAAACGGGAAUCGAUGAGAAACAAAUAUCCAGACUACACAUGAUCCUGAAACCCUUUAUGUUGCGGCGCAUUAAGAAGGAUGUAGAGAAUGAGCUGUCGGACAAGAUCGAAAUUAUGGUCUACUGUCCACUGACCAUUCGCCAGAAGUUGCUCUACAGAGCGCUGAAGCAAAAAAUUAACAUUGAGGAUCUUCUGCAUUUAACUAGUUCCACUACCACUGCAUCAUCGUCUUCGGCUUCUAAUCUGAUGAAUCUGGUCAUGCAGUUCCGCAAGGUAUGCAAUCAUCCAGAACUCUUUGAACGACGAGAUGCUAGAAGUCCGUUUUUCAUGCGAUGUGCGGAAUAUACGAUUCCCAGACUGGUUUACGAGAAUGGACUUCUUCACAGAUUGUUGCCUAGUCGGAAACAUUUGCUGUACAACAGGUUUAAUAUCUUUAAAUCGGAAUACAUGCAAAGAUCGCUUUUUAACGAUCUGAACGUGGAUAGUUGCUUUGGAUUUACCCGCCUAUGUGAUUUAUCAGUGGGAGAUAUGGUUGAUGUGACUCUAAAUGGAAUUAUUGAUUUUCUUUUACAUUACCAAAGAGUAUUGGAAAAAUACCCGCUUGUAGCCUACCGCCGCUUUUGGUGGAAAAAACAGCCUGACAGUAGAUAUCAACUAUUAGAGCCGAUGUUAGAAAACAAACUUGUCCUAGACUAUAUGUCUGAAAAAUGUGUUCUUAGGAACUUCAUCUUCACAGCUAUGACCGCUAACGAAAGCAGCGUUUACGCUUUUGGCGAUUAUUUCACAUACAAUAUGCAGGAAACUAUUGAGCAUCGUGUGAUUCGAUCAAAGAUUCUCAUGAUCGAAGAGAUGGAGGAGGUGUCCAAUAUGGAAAUAGAAUCCGUGGAAGUUCAAACUAAAUCAAAUGCUAAAAAUGAUGUUAAAAUGACAACGUUGCUUCUGCUGCCAGAGUUUCCAUAUCGCCCUCGAAAACCCAGAAGUUAUAAAUGCGCACCGCUCUCUAUGCCGCGACUUCUUUACGGUUUGGGUCAGAAAGUGCAGGCGGUUGAUAGGCGUUUAUAUUGUGAGAGUCGUUCUGCUGCCUGGGCACAGAUUCGUCACAAUCAAUGCGAGAACAGCCAGGGCAGGGAGCUCGUCUCGGAAAGUUUGGCCUUGUGUAAGCCUCAUAGUGGAUGGUCUUCUAUCGUGGUACCUGACAAGGAGACGCUGAUCACUGAUGCCGGUAAACUAUUUGUCCUAGACACCCUGCUCACUCGUCUUAAGGCAAAUGGCCACCGAGUUCUGAUCUACUCGCAGAUGACCAAAAUGAUUGACCUGUUGGAGGAGUACAUGUGGCACCGAAAACAUCGCUAUAUGCGAUUGGAUGGCUCAAGCAAGAUUUCAGCUCGUCGCGAUAUGGUGGCUGAUUUUCAGACUAGAGCCGAUAUUUUCGUUUUCCUAUUGUCUACCAGAGCUGGUGGUCUGGGAAUCAACUUAACAGCCGCUGAUACGGUCAUCUUUUACGACUCCGACUGGAAUCCCACUGUCGAUCAACAGGCCAUGGACCGAGCCCAUCGUUUAGGACAAACCAAACAGGUGACUGUCUACCGACUUAUCUGCAAAGGAACCAUCGAGGAGAGGAUUCUGCAGAGGGCCCGAGAAAAAAGCGAGAUACAACGCAUGGUCAUAAGUGGCGGCAAUUUCAAACCCGACACUCUCAAGCCCAAGGAAGUGGUCUCAUUGCUUUUGGAUGAUGAGGAAAUUGAAAUGAAAUAUCGCCAGGAGGCCAAACUUCAGUCCUCUUCACCGACUCCAGCCGGCUCUCAAGGCGAACGGAAAAGACGUCAUCCCAAUAAGGAUGUAAAUAUGGGUGGCACCACCAUCGCGGCCACAACAUCAACCCAAUACCCCGACGACGAUGUGCCCAGUUGCAGUUCGGCAGCAAAGCGCCUGAAAGUGGAACCGGAUGAGGACCUGAUCGACGUGGGUAUUACAUCAUCGGCCUCGAGUGUUGGCACGGAUAGCAAUCAUCCGACCCUCAGUCAGGAAACCUAUGUGCCAGGAGCAACUUGCGUCCAGCAGAUGGACAACGAAUCCGAAAAUGAGGCUUUGGUGGUGGAUGGAGAUAGCCCUACGCUGAUGGGACAGAAUGAAUCCAUGAACUUCCUUGGCGACCUGAGCGGUAUUUCGCCGAUGCGGCGACGUCACCACCCGCGCGGCACCAAACGAGGACGUCCAAGGGGCAGCACGCGGCGCGGCGGCGGACACGGCUCGAUCCCGCGCGUGCUAACGCCGACGCAAACGCCAACGUCAGCAGCGGUACCGGGAACGCCGACGCAGGCAGCAGCGGGAACAAGAGCGGGAAUGGGUACUCCUUCACCCCUGCCGCAGCAGGAAGUAAGCGGCGGUGGCGACAACGCCGGCGUCUCGUUUAACGAAGAUGACUUUGGAGCUAGUCCAUCUGGACAAACGCCAGGAGUAACCUCUAAACGCGGACCUGGACGACCCCGCUCUAAAACCGCCACGCCUGUGAGUCGAGGAACUCGCGGAGCUCCACGUGCCCGCCGACCCAUGGGUCCAUUGCUGGUGCCAUUGGGUAGAAGUCCAGAUGCCACGCCCCCUGGAAGCAGUCCGGCCACAAGUCGGGCACCCAGUCCUUCGACAGGAUCUCAUUUCGGCGGCGGACAGGAUUAAAUCCAUGAAAUUAUAACUAUUUUUGAAAGACUAGAAAUAAUAAAAAUCAAGAUAUU